AUCAUCUCCAUAUUCCAGAAGGUAACUCUAUAUUAUCAUGGGAUGAUCGCCUGAGGAUUGCUGUUGAGGCUGCCGGAGCGCUCGCUUAUUUACACUCGGCUGCUUCAAUUUCGAUAUUUCAUAGAGAUGUCAAAUCAUCAAAUGUUCUCUUAGAUGAUCAUUUAACUGCCAAAAUAUCGGAUUUUGGAUCCUCAAGACUUAUUCCACUCGACCAAACUCAUUUACUCACUGCUGUGCAAGGCACCUUUGGAUACCUUGACCCGGAGUACUAUCAGACCAGUCAGUUGACAGAGAAGAGCGAUGUUUAUAGCUUCGGAGUCAUUCUUCUAGAACUUUUAACAGGUAAAAAGCCAAUUUUCUCCACCGAAUAUGAACACAGACUGAAUCUAUCGAUGCAUUUUCUUCAAACGGUGAGAGCGAAUCGCCCCUUUGAUCUUAUAGAUGAUCUUGUUAUGAAAGAAGCGACCGAAGAAGAGCUCAUCGACAUGAUUGGAUUGGUAGAAAUGUGUUUAAGAUUGAAAGGGGUUAAACGGCCUACAAUGAAAGAGGUGGAGUAUAAAUUACAGAACUCGAGAAGGAUCAGACUGAAAAAAACAGGACAUUGUUUGGUAAAAGUUGACGAAGAAACAGAGCAUCUGCCGAGAGACUCACCUUAUGGCUUCUCUGAAGUCGUCGACCAAGCAAAUCAAGAGAACUACCCUUUUAUAUGA